UUGAUUGUAUACACCUGUGUCCAUGGAGGGGAUUGGAACACCUGAAUCACAUGAUUGGGAGGGGAUUGGAACACCUGAAUCACAUGAUUGGGAGGGGAUUGGAACACCUGAAUCACAUGAUUGGGAGGGGAUUGGAACACCUGAAUCACAUGAUGGGGAGGGGAUUGGAACACCUGAAUCACAUGAUGGGGAGGGGAUUGGAACACCUGAAUCACAUGAUGGGGAGGGGAUUGGAACACCUGAAUCACAUGAUUGGGAGGGGAUUGGAACACCUGAAUCACAUGAUUGGGAGGGGAUUGGAACACCUGAAUCACAUGAUUGGGAGGGGAUUGGAACACCUGGAUCACAUGAUUGGGAGGGCGGGGCCAAUAGUGUAUGUACUGUA